AUGGCGGGGGGAGGAGGGGGGCGGGGCGAGGGGCGGGAGGGGUCGCCUGCGGUGCGCUCGCAGGGAACUGCCGGCCCAACCGCGGCCGUGCCGGGCGAACUGCGUCACCUGUCCCCGCCUCCCCCCCGCCCCGCCCCGCCCCCCCUCCUAGACCGCGCCGUCUGCCAAACGUCCCCUCCCGCUCGCUCCCCCGUCCCCGCCCGUAGAGCCGCUGCCCCCGCGCGUCCGCCGGCCCCCGCUUCCCCCAUCUUACCUGCGCCGUUAGUAUCCCGCCACCGCGCAACCGUUAUGAGGGGGUGUUGGGGGGACGGGAUGUGGUUAUCGGGGCGGGGAGGUCGGGGUGGGUUGGGGUCGGGGCGGCACGGCCAGCCGUUCAAGCGAUGGACGUGG